UCCAGGUUUUAAGGCACAGAGAGACACUCCUCAUCUGUGUCAAAGUGCACUGCUGUUGUGAAUAAAAAAAAAACUAUGUUGAGCGAUGCUCAAAUUUUCUUUUAUGAGGGUUUUGCAAAAACAUGAUCAGAAAUGCUUUUGAUGUGUAUGGAUCGCUAAAGGACAUGUUUCAGUUGUGGGAAUGGGAGUUCCUCCGUAUAAGGCGGGAAUGUUUUACCUCUCAACCUCUCAGACAAGCUCAGGCUCCAUGAUCCAAAAGUGAAGUUCAAUGACCAGGGUUUGGCCGGCGAGGCAGUCUCUUUCGGCUGCCCUCCAAACCACAUUGCAGCGUCCUCUUCUGAGCUCUCCUGCAGGUGAUCGGCCCACUGGAGAUUUAGAAAUAAUAGUAAAGAAUAACUGGACAGCCGCACUUAACUUGCUACUACGAACUCUAUUAUUUAGCUGCGGUGUCACAUUCUCUGGGUGCAUUAGUGUCUUUUCCCUUUAGGCACGCAUGCUGUGUACGCUUAGUGUAUUUCUAAUGUGCAUUUUCAGCGGAUAAAAAGACUAAAUGGGUCUCAAUCCGGCAACAAUGUCAUCAGACAGUCUGCAGGAAAUUAGCAAAUGAGGUAAUAAAGCAUCUUUUAUGACUAUGGAAAGACCUAAAGAGAAAAGUGAAUGUGUCAGCUGCAGGUUAAGUCAGUGAGAGUUGCAGGCGGGAUCGGGAGUGGAGGCAUGGGCUGCUAGUGCCUCACCUUCCACUUUCCCCUGUGCUCCAACAGGAGAUUUGUAAAUUAAUUACUUUUUUUAUUUCUACCAAAAUAACGUUUAAAAUCCACACAAAAUUAUAAAUUCUAUACAAUUCUAGAAUAGACAUGUCUAAGAAUGAUCAUUUAAUUAUUAUUUUUUUAUUUUAAAAAAGUUUUUUAUUAAAAAAAAAAAUCAGGUAUAUAAUGUAAAUGUUUUAUGAAAAAUAUUUUACAUGUCACUGCCCCAUAACAUGUUUUACUGUGAGCUUUGAAGCUAAUGAAAUACUGUUUUCUUUAACUGAUUUGGUUUUUCACUGCUUAAUUUUGUUGCACAGAAGCCCAUUGCAUUUUCUUCUAUAUCUUCUUCAUUGAUUUGGAAGCAAAAUCCCUUUUCUCACGAUCAUUUUAUUGCAUGUAUAUUUCAAGUACACCUUCAGAAUGAAAAAAACCUAGAUAUUAAAUUGAAAAAACUCCUCUGGAUCAGUACAUUCAACAGAACUGAGAGACCAAAUGUACAGAUUUAGAACCAGCAUGGAUGUCUCUUGGGUUGUAUCUGGUUCUGCACUGAAAUCAUGAGGAAACUGGGUUGUUUAUGUCUCACAUUGCUGUUGUCAGGCAGCUAACUGACAUAAGAGGAAAAACAAAAAUCCCUAAAGAAAAGCAGGAAGACAUCUAAUGAGGCUCCUGGACCCGGGGGUGGGGGGUGGGACCGAGCUGCUCAGGUGCAUCGCUGCUCAACAACAGACUUGAAAGCAGCAGCAGUUGUCUGGUUCUGUUUUUUUCUGUUGGACUUAAUGGACAGAAGAAGGACAGAUUUGGCUGGACGUUUGGAACUGUGACCGUUUGCUUUUCAAGUUCAGCUGCAGAUUUCAGGAUUUAGGGUAAGAUGGGCUGCCUGGGAGGAAAGACGGAUGAAGAACGCCUUGAUGAGAAAGCAAAACGGGAGGCCAACAAGAAGAUUGAGAGGCAGCUACAGAAGGAGAGGCAGGCCUACAAGGCCACCCACCGCCUGCUGCUGUUAGGUGCAGGAGAGUCUGGUAAAAGCACCAUUGUAAAGCAGAUGAGGAUUCUUCAUGUAGAUGGAUUCAAUGCUGAAGAAAAGCAGCAAAAGAUUCAAGACAUCAGAAAAAAUAUAAAGGACGCUAUUGUGACCAUUGUAUCAGCAAUGAGCAUGCUGACUCCACCCAUUCCUCUUGGUGACCCUGGCAAUCAAUUCCGAUUGGACUACAUAAAGAGCAUCGCUCCACUGUCAGACUUUGAAUACACAGAGGACUUCUUUGAGCAUGCUCAGAAGCUGUGGGAGGAUGAUGGCGUGAAGGCCUGCUUCGAGCGUUCCAAUGAAUAUCAGCUGAUUGACUGCGCUCAGUAUUUCCUGGACAGGUUAGAGUGCAUCAGGAGGUCUGACUACACACCCACUGACCAGGAUUUGCUGCGCUGCAGAGUUUUGACCUCAGGAAUCUUUGAGACCAGAUUCCAGGUGGACAAAGUCAACUUCCACAUGUUUGAUGUCGGGGGUCAGAGGGAUGAGCGUAGAAAGUGGAUCCAGUGUUUUAAUGAUGUAACUGCAAUCAUCUUCGUGGCAGCCAGUAGCAGCUACAACAUGGUGAUCAGAGAGGACAACUCCACCAACCGCCUCAGAGAGUCACUUGACCUUUUCAGAUCGAUUUGGACCAACAGAUUUCUGAAGACCAUCUCGGUGAUCCUGUUCCUAAAUAAACAGGACAUGUUGGCAGACAAGAUUCUAGCUGGAAAAUCAAAACUGGAGGAUUAUUUUCCGGAAUAUAAAAACUAUCAGGUCCCAGCAGAUGGUGUUCCAGAUGCUGCUGAAGAUCCUCAGGUCACUCGAGCAAAGUUCUUCAUCAGGGAUGAGUUUCUGAGAAUCAGCACAGCCAGUGGUGAUGGCAAGCAUUACUGCUACCCGCACUUCACCUGCGCUGUGGACACCGAGAACAUUCGUCGUGUCUUCAAUGACUGCCGUGACAUAAUCCAGAGGAUGCACUUACGGCAGUAUGAGCUGCUCUGAUUGGCUGCUGCAUGUAGAGGCUGUAGCAAAACUCGUGGUAUGUAAUCGGAGGUAAUAGGUAAUCAUUGCAGGUAGAUUUUCCCGUUCCUGAUGUGAUCAGUUACAUUUAUAAAUUUGGGACACGUUUAAACAGGAGGGUUAAUAGUUUAUUUUGUGCAAGGCAAAGUUGAGUGUGGUCCUUGUGUUCCCAUGGCAACACAUUGAUAUGUGAGACCUUUUAGAAGAGGCCGCAGUCUGUCCUUUGUGUUUGCCUCAGCUAUGUUCUGGUUUAGUUUUCAUGUGUCAGUUUGCAGUUGCCCUCUAAAUGGGAUAGAAAAGGUGUUUUAAUUACUUACAUGGUUCUGCAACAGUCCUAUUAAAGUCAUUUGCUCAGA